CCGAACUGAGGUAGUGCUGUGCUUCUGCACACCCUGGGGAAAGUCCCCGGGUCACGCGGUUGUGUGUGGGGAGCCUGUGACGCUCAAGCUCAUCUCCACGCUUCCGCCUACAGAGUCACGACUGAGGACCGUGGCGGAGGUGCCCAGAGCGCGGGCCGACCCCCGCCUAGCCUCUUGAGUAGGCGGGCGGGCGCGCACGUACGCACGCACUCUUCUGCCCCCGCUCUCCUCGUUCCCCGGCUACCAGGCGCGCGGUCACGUGGGCCCAUCGCGGGGCGGCCGGCGCGGGAAGCCGCGCGAGAGCGGACCGUGGGGUGCGUGAGCCGGCGCCGCCGCGUGACGUGCGCGGCGCGGGAGCCGCCCCUCCCGCACGGUGGAGCCGGCUGGCCGCCGCGGCGGCGUCUGGAGCCACAAUGGACACAGGUAGCCAUAGCCUUGUCCUCCUGCAGCAGCUGAACAUGCAGCGAGAAUUUGGUUUUCUGUGUGAUUGCACAGUUGCUAUUGGAGACGUUUACUUCAAAGCCCACAGAGCAGUGCUUGCUGCUUUUUCUAACUAUUUCAAGAUGAUAUUUAUUCACCAAACAAGUGAAUGCAUAAAAAUACAACCAACUGAUAUCCAACCUGACAUAUUCAGCUAUUUGCUGCACAUUAUGUAUACGGGGAAAGGGCCAAAACAGAUUGUGGAUCAUAGUCGUCUGGAGGAAGGGAUUCGAUUUCUUCACGCCGACUACCUUUCUCACAUUGCGACUGAAAUGAAUCAGGUGUUCUCGCCAGAGACUGUGCAGUCCUCCAAUCUGUAUGGCAUUCAGAUCUCAACAACCCAAAAAACAGCUGUCAAACCGGGGCUGGAGGUCAAAGAAGCUCCUUCCAGUAACAGUGGCAACAGGGCUGCUGCGCAGGGCGACCACCCCCAGCUGCAGCUCUCUCUCGCUAUUGGGCUGGAUGAUGGCACUGCCGAUCAGCAGAGGGCCCGUCCUGCUGCCCAGGCCUUGGAGGAACACCAGAAGCCCCCAGUGUCCAUCAAGCAGGAGAGAUGUGACCCAGAGUCUGUGAUCUCCCAGAGCCAUCCCUCACCCUCAGCGGAGGUGACAGGCCCCACUUUCACCGAAAGCGGUAUCAAAAUACACUUAUGCCAUUACUGUGGGGAACGUUUUGAUUCCCGUAGUAACCUAAGACAACAUCUCCAUACCCACGUGUCCGGAUCCCUCCCGUUUGGUGUCCCUGCUUCCAUUCUGGAAAGCAACGACCUUGGUGAAGUGCAUCCACUUAAUGAAAACAGUGAGGCUCUUGAAUGCCGCAGGGUCAGCUCCUUCAUUGUCAAGGAGAAUGAGCAGCAGCCUGACCACUCAAACCAGGGUACCACUGAGCCUCUGCAGAUCAGCCAAGUGUCUCUGAUCUCCAAAGACUCAGAGCCAGUAGAAUUAAACUGUAAUUUUUCUUUUUCAAGGAAAAGAAAAAUCAGCUGUUCCAUCUGUGGUCAUAAAUUUCUCCGAAAAAGCCAACUGCUGGAACACAUGUAUAUACACAAAGGUAAAUCUUCGAGAUACAACCGAUGCCAAAGGUUCAGUAAUGCGGUAGCCCAGAGAUUUCAGCCGUACUGUGACAGCUGGUCUGAUGUCCCCCUGAGAAGUUCUUGCUUGUCGCAAGAACAGUUAGAUUCAUCCUGUGCCUUAGAGUCAGAGCUCACACAAGAAAGUGUGGACACUAUCCUUGUGGAGUAGCAGUUUCUCCUCCAUAAUUUUUAUAUCAAUUCUGAAAAAAAAUCCACAUGCAUUUUUUUAUUCAUAAACUCUCUUCCUCCUCAACGUCUGUUCACUUUUUUCUUUGCCAUUUAUCCAUAGUUUUAAGGUGGUAUAUAUUAGGUCUUAUUGUAAGGUAUGUUAUACACAUGGCUAUUAAAAUGUAACCUUCAAGUA